AUGGCGUCAUCUAAGCAAACAAACAAAAUCGUCACUCACGGAAAAUAUUUUAUUAAGUCUGCGUUAAGCAAACGUCCACCAUCUUCUUUAGAAAAUGAUGAUAGCCGCGGUGAAUCUUUCCAACAAAAGAAUACGCGUAAAUCAGAUACACAAGAUAAACGGCAAAAAGCUAUAAGACCCAAUGCAUUUCUGAGUUUUCGAAUAAAAAGUCAACAGGUAAACUAA